AUGCCGCACAUUCUUCAUUUACAUUCUUCUUCAUUAAUAAGUUAAUUCUAUAUCCCAUCGUUCAAGAUUAUAUCUACUCUUCUUCUUAUACUGACAUUAUUAAAUACAUAUUUAUAACCAUAUUUGAUCUCUUUAUUUGGAACGUCGCAUAGUUAUCUGCUCAUCUCAAAGCCUCUAAUUUAGGUUAAUAAUAUCUCUCUUCCAUAUGUCAGUCAUCAUGACGAGGCCUGUGCUAGCUCGUUGAAUAGUAGUGAUAUUAUUUCAGCGACAAAAUGGAUCAAUCGUCUAGUAAGGUGAUCAGACGGAAGCCAAUCCCGCCAAAACGUCCACAUCCACCAGUUAAGAGUGUGGAGGAUACCCACGACGUCCUCGACGGUCUGAUUGACGACUAUCUAGAACCACCCACUUCUCACCAAAACCAUGUACUUUCCAUCGGAACUAAAGAGCUGACACUGGACCCAAACCCACCUGCUCCUCCAAGGCAGCUAUCUAUUCCCCUUGUAACCAGCCCUUCGGAAAUAUCACUCAAUUCAAACAUAUCAACUCCAGAAACUCCCAAUCCCACUUCCAGCCCUAGUCCUAAUCAGCCAAAAUGGAAGACGGCUCUGGAUGAGACUAUUUACUUCGCUGGCGGGUUAAUCUCACAUCCAUUCGAGUCAACUAAACACUAUAGUAUUCUUCGACACUCUACUGGAGUGGUCCUUUAUCGAGGACCAUCUACCAGUAUUGCUAUUACCAUCUUUUCAGAUGAGCCGUUACCGGCUGAUCGAUCGUUCUGGUUACAGCGGAAGGGGUUUUCUGGAAAUAUGGGUAUGGCCGCGAGCGCGCUGCUCCGUACGCAAUGGAAUUGGAUUGAUGUGACGCCAUCGUUCGAAGCCAAACCCUCGGACGUUCUCCCAUCGGACGAACGAGCCUGGCAAAGAGAUAUUAGGAAAUUUUUGAAGAAGGCCUCGUCGAAUAAGAACCUAUCUAGGCAUAUCGCCCGCGAGACGUGUGUUGUACGGAUUCCUGCUUCGGCGGAAGACGGUUAUCUGCGUAUUGUUAUGUGUACGGGCGAAGGCGCCAAGAAAACCCUUUGUCCCUCACCUAUUUUUCGCGUAGCAAGUACAUCGUCUGACGUUAGCGUACUACGCGGCGCGAGUCUGGCAACUAUCCCUCUCGAGAUCGGACUAAAGGUAGCCUCCAUGGUAGGCACGAGUACCGUAGACAACUUCGUUUCGCCCGCACGAGAUGCCAUACAGAGUCGACUUGAGCCGUACGCGCCAGGAUUCUUUGCGCAAGAAGCAGGAACUGUGGCUUAUGAAAGUCUAGAAGAGAAGUAUGACGAAGAGACUGUGGCGACGUACGAAUCUGUUCAGACGGAGGGAGUUAUGGAGGCGUCGCCUCAGAUUGUCGGUGCUGACAGUGGACCAGAGAAACCAUACCCAAUCAGGUUCACUGGCAAAGUCGUUGAAGGAGCUCAUCGAAGCAGCACCGAACUUGGCAUACCGACUGCCAAUUUAUCUGGUGUGCCGAACGAUCUUCUUUUACGUCUUAACGGUGUUUAUAUCGGCUGGGCUCAAGUUCAACCUACCAAAGGAGUUGAAGGUGUUUCAUACAAUUGGCACGAAGCAAUCAUCACUAUCGGACCUUCGCCAUACACACCACCUCGUGUCGUCGCUAAGAACGUAGCUACUGUUCAUAUCAUUCACGAUUUCGGCGGCGCCACAUUCUUCAACACGGAACUCAAAGUUGUAAUCAUGGCAUAUCUGAGGCCUGUAUCGAAACACGGUAGUAUCCAGGCGUCUGCCGCAACUAUGGUCAUUACUACGCGGGAUACAAACACCGCCAUCGCGAGUCUGGGUCGCGAAAAUUGGCAAUGUGAGAUGACCCUACGCAGGGUCAAGACGGAACAGAGCAUGAGGUCUGUUGGAGAGAGAUAUGUUGACGUCAGGUCUCAAGUGCAGAGGCGGGUUGACAGUGUACCCCUGCACCUAGCUGGAGUCCGCACAGCUAGCGCCGAGGUCAAAGACCAAGCCUAUGGCAAAGGCGGAUUAUACAUACGCAGAUGAGCGAUAUGUAGGUGUUUUGCUGAGAGUAUACCAGGGGCGUCGCGAGCAUAUGGGAUCAUUCCUUAUCAAAUGAAAGAGGCGCUACGCGAGUUUCUAUGGAGUUUAACCCGUUCUAACAGUUCGGCCGGAGCCUUUAAUCGCUAAUAACAAGUUCAAAUUUGGGUAUUUUUACCUACUCACUCACCACCAUCCACGGUAGUUCUAUGUCUCUAGAUGUUUAUUGGCCGUGCUAUUCCGUCGCGGACUAUCUGUUUCUCAAAAUUGAAGCAUAUCUCAUGGUCUAUAGCUGGGCGAUGUCAAGGGUAGUACGACUGAAUUGCGGGGUUUUCUGUCGAAUUGCAUUUUUCUAAAAGGCAAUAAUGACUGGAUGGAAUUGAUCGCUUGCUUACUUCAGCGAUUUUGGUGGCUGCAUUAAAAGUUGGUGGUUGGGACAGAAGCUUCCCGAAGGCCGAGUACCCGGGCUGAGACAAUGUCCUCCGCGACCUCACCCGCAAUCACGGCAAUCUCC